AUGGCGUCCACCGGAGGGAAUGCACUGCUGCUGAAGCGCCAGCUCAUGGAGCUGCGCAAGAACCCUGUGGAUGGGUUUAGUGCGGGCCUCAAAGAUGAGAGCAACCUUUUUGAGUGGGAGAUUCUGAUUAUCGGCCCGAUGGACACGCUGUACGAAGGCGGCUUCCUCAAGGCCGAGCUCAACUUCCCCCAAGAGUACCCCCUGCUCCCCCCUACGCUCAAGUUCAAAACGCCCAUGUGGCACCCCAAUAUUUACGAGGACGGCACGCUGUGCAUCUCGAUUCUGCACGCGCCUGGCAAGGACGAGUAUGGAUACGAGGACGCGAGCGAGCGGUGGCUUCCCGUGCAUACGGUCGAGUCGAUUCUUGUCUCGGUCAUCAGCCUGCUGAGCUCCGACACGCCCAACACCGACUCGCCAGCGAACAUUGACGCGGCCAAGCAGGUGCGCGAGGACCUGCCUGGCUACCGUAAAAAGGUCCGUCGCCUGGUGCGCCAGUCCGCCGAGGAGGCGUUCGAGUAG